CAACCAAACCCAAACAAAGACAUCCCAAACAAGGAAAAGAAAUGGUGCCCUCCACCACCACCGCCGCCGCCACACCACCGGACGGGCUGAUCUACGACGUGAGGCUGACGUCGGUGGGGCCCGGGAACGUGACGGGGCAGGACGUGGCGUACGAGCCGAGCAACGUGGACUUGGCGAUGAAGCUGCACUACCUCAGAGGGGUGUACUACUUGGAGGGGCCGGCCUUCGAGGAGCUGACCGUCCUCAAGAUCAAGGAGCCGUUGUUCACGCUCCUCAACCAGUACUACGUCGUGUGCGGGCGGCUGCGGAGGGCGGAGCCGCCCUCCAGCCGCCCGUACAUCAAGUGCAACGACUGCGGCGUCAGGUUCAUUGAGGCCUGUUGCCGCAAGACUCUGGAUGAGUGGGGAGAGAUCAAGGACGCCGCCCUCGAGAAUCUCCUCACUCCUCGUGGAGUCAUUGGCCCCGAGCUCUUCUUCUCUCCCCCCGUUUGGAUUCAGUUAACAAAAUUUAAGUGUGGUGGAGUGUCAUUGGGCUUGUGUUGGGCCCAUAUUCUAGGGGAUGUAUCAUCCGCCGUAAAAUUCAUGAACAUGUUUGGAAAAGUCAUCGGCGGCCUCAAACUUGAACCGCCCGUUUCCGUGGCCCAUUCCCUCCACAAAGCAACGGCCCAUCAAGACUCUGCAAACGCAGUGGUAGGCCCACUGUCGAUCAAGAAAGUGAGCCCACCGGUUGGAGACCAUUGGAUCAUCGCCAACAAUUCCACAAUGCAGUCUUUAUCAUUCUACGUGUCACCAUCACAACUGGGCCACAUGAAGUCCGUUAUAGGAGGAGACUACGGCCCGUUCGAGUUGAUAUCGUCGAUCUUAUGGCGGGCCGUGGGCCGGCACAGAAAGGGGCCCGAGCCCAGAGUUGUGACGGUUUGCAAGAAAGGCCCAGAGACCCGGGAAGACAGUCACGUGAGCAACAGCCAACUGAUCAGCACCGUGAGAGUCGGCGACGAUUUCUCCGCCGUCGGCGAAGCGGAUCUCUCGGAGUUGGCGCGGCUGGUGAAACACGGCGGCGGCGGGGAGGAGCUGGGGAAGAUCGACGAGGCGGUAGAAAGAGAGGGCGGAAACAUUGACGUCGUCCUCUACGGUGCGAAAUUAACCCUGGUUAACAUGGAGGAUGUUGAAUUCUAUGAGUUCGAGUGGAGAGGACACAAGCCAAUCGGCGUGAGCUACCAGAUCGACGGCGUCGGGGAUGAGGGCUGCGUUUUGGUGCUCCCCGGGCCAUGCGGCGGCGGCGACGGAGAGGGAAGGGUUGUUAGGGUGGUUUUGCCGGAGGAUGAGGUGGUGGAAUUGAAAUCAGAGCUCAGAAAGGAAUGGUCAAUUAUGAAUGAUUGAUUGAAUUUGAACGCGUUAGGCGAUGCUAAAAUGGAGUUUCUUCUAAUAGUGUGGGCGCAUUGAAUUCAUGAAUUGUUCUUUCAAUGUCUCACCAACUAUGCUUUGUUUUUACUUCAAUUCAAUUUGAACAAGUGGUUGUUUAUUUGAAAAAUAAUUUUAUUCCCAACAUACAUUUGUUUGUUGGAUGAAAUUAUGAUUAAUCUCUACUUAAGAGUCUACGACGAUGUGACAGGAGUAAACAGAUAUUAAUCGG